AAGAAAAAAAAUAAUGAAAAACUGACUGACCUACUCCCUUAAAAGGAUGCAAAGGAGGGUCGUUCGUUUAUAUCGUGUAAGAUGCACGCAUGCUCGGGACGCAUUUUACCCGUCUCCCCGCUACCCUUCGCUCUCCACCCUCUGCCCCACCCUCUCACCUCCUCACGACCCCCACCCACCCAUAACGACUUGCAUCGUGCAAGGUAUCAUGCUUCUUGGUUGCAACCAUUGCGAAGAAAUGCAUUUGAUCUUGCAAGUGUUAUAAAUUACGUUUAGCGUAAAUGUAAUAUUUCAUAAGUUGUUCGUAAUUAAAUUAUCUCGUGAUACGUUUCGUGAUACGUUUGUGAGAAAAGAGAAAAAAAAGGGUUAAAAGAGGGAUCGAAGAUGCCGGGCAAAGACAAAAUGGGAUUCUUAAUAUCGGCUAUGUUAAUUCUAUUAAUUGGCGUUUAUUACGUCAAUGCGAGACACAUUAUAGAAAAGAGAAAUUAUAGCGAUCAGAGUGUCAGCAGAUAUUUAACAGAGAGAACCUGUUGGUGGAACGAGGUGUGCAAGGAAGUAUUUCAUAGUAAAUUUCGUUGCCGUUGUCCAACUUGGUCCUAUUGCCGUUCUCCUGGAAGAUAUUACGAUGCACAUUGCAGUAUGACGCGCACAGGUUAUAUUUGGACUCAGCCGGAAACCUCGCUAACUCUGGAAAUCGAUAACUAACCGGGACAAAACGUAGAUACGUACGAACAUACGUAUAUAUAUACAUACAUACGUACGUACGUACGUACGUACGUACAUACAUAUAUAGAUACAUAUGUAUAAUAUCUAGUUUACGUCUAUGCUACAUCGAAUCAAAUAUUUCCUCCUCCUUCUCCCUCCCCCAGCUACCACCCACUUUACACUAUCCAUCUUCAUGAAUCCCACAAAAUUUUAAUCUAAAUUCUCUUGUACUCGGUGUACGUUUUAAUGUGAGAAAUCGAUUGAAAUCAAAUCAAAUCAAAUCAAAUGAAAUUUUAGAAAUCUUUUGAACGUUUUUUAUAUAGCAUCGUUAAGAUGACUAUGCAUUAGUAUUGACUUAUAUUAUGUAUAUGUAUAUAUAUAUAUAUAUAUAUAUAUAUAUAUAUAUAUAUUAAUAUUUAUUAUUGAAAGAAUUUUCACGAGUUAUUCAUGCGGCACCCGUGUUGUUAUAUAUAAAUCGAUUGAUAAUAUUCGAGAUUAUCAAUUGGUAUAUUAUUAAUUGAUAUGUUUUAAUCAAACAUCGAACACGUUUAAAGUGUGAUAUUUGAUCCAUUGUCUCUUUACAACGCAUUAUUAUAAUGUAACAUCUAAGUUGUAAAUUAUAAGGCACGCGAUUCUUCUUUAUUACUGCCAUGAAUUUGUAAUCAGUAGUAAUGGUAGAGAUUAUUCAUUACAUAGAAUGAAGAAUAUGAAAAAAGAAGAAAAAAUAAAGAAAUCAAAUAAUUAUAAUAAUUAUAAUAAUAAUAAUAAUGAUAAUGAUAAUAAUAAUAACAAUAACGAUAAUAAUAAUAAUAAAAUUUCUAUGGAAUAUUAAUAAUUUAUUAAUUUCAUUUCGCAAACACAUCGAAUUUUUCGAAGGCAAAAGAAAUAAAAAAGAAUAAAAAAGGAAGAAAUAUUUUUAAAUAUCUUGCACUAUAUAAGUUUCUUUAAGUCUUCCAAAUUUGAUGAUGAUAGUAAGGUUAGACGAAUGAAAUGGAAAAAGUAAAGGAAAAAGAAAAGGAAAAAAAGAAAAAAA